AGCGGAGUGAGUUGAGGUAACUGCCCCCAGAUCUGUGGCCAGACUGGAAGAAAGGGCAGCUUGAGGUGUGGAAACAGCCUUUGCCCUCCCCGGCCUUCCCUGUCCCCAGCUGCUACCCUUCCUGGUUCUCCCUCCCUGAGGGUGGGGUGGUUAGCUACACCUUGGACCUGGCCACCCAAGCUCAGUCCCGCCGUGCUCUCUGGAAUGCUCUCCCCCCUAAAAGGGUCCUUCCCAUGUGUGGUCACAACUUCGUAGUCUCCCUCCCUCUUCUGUCCUUGCCUGAAGCCCGGUGCUCAGCCUGGCACUUCGUGGGUGCUCACUAAAUGUUGCUUGAAAGAAAUAAUGUGUGUGUGUGUUGGGGGGUGGGGGGAGAUUCCAUCUGAGCACCCCUUGGAGAUAGAUAUCUAUUGCCAAAAUUUGCCUUUUUUGGCUAGACUUUUAAAACACCUGUCUGGAACUUGGUGACCGUCCCUUCCUCUCCUGUCUGCCUCUGUUUGCGUUCCCUCUGGACAGAGCCCAGUGGGUCCAGGAGCUUCCAGUGGAAGCGAGAUUGGUCACAGGACUAGGAGAGCUCGUUUCCUUUCUGGGCUGGUGACCACACACCCUCCCCUGUGCACACACUCUUGUCUGCCAGGAGCAGACCCCAACAGAGGCACACAGCCUUCUGGAUGUUACACCUGUGCAAAGUGGGUUCGGGGGAGCUGGGCAGACAGGUGCAGGAGAGUGAAACAGGAAGUGGUCUUCUCAUUCUGUGAACAGGCUUGAUUUGAAACAGCAGAAGCCAUUGUCCCAGAUGUAAACACAGAGCCCAGAGAGGUCCCCCCAAACCUCCAGCUGUCUCUCAGCUUCAUUUGUUCCCUCCUACCAGUCUCCAGGGUAACCCCCUGAGUUGGGGGCAGGCCACCAUCGACUGAGCCCUGGCUAGGUGUCAGACACUUUGUUACCUGAUCUUACGUAACCCUCUCAGCAUCCCGUGUUGUUAUUCCCAUUUUAUAGAUGAGAAAACUGAGACUUAGAGUCAAGUACUUCCUCACAGUAAGAUGCGAGCCCCUAGCCCAGCGUUGUCCCAGGUGAACUAGGCUGGGCCACAGGCAGACUCGUUUUACUUGGCGAAAGGUGUCUGAAUGCCAGUGGUGCCUUGAUUUCCUUAGGACUGUUGGGGCGAUUAAGCAAGUUACUGCAUGAAAACCACUUUGACCAGUGGCUGCGGACGGGAAGCCCUUAGGAAAUAUACACCACUGUUAUCAGAUCACGGAGCUCCACACCCGACAGAAAGCUUUCAAUAAAUGGUGACUCAGCCACGUGUCUCCCUCCUCGUGGUGCGAGUUUGGGAAGGGGGUACUCCUUGACACUGGGGAGAACGUGGACUCUGGAAAACCUUUCUGGAGACAAGUUAGUGAUCUGUGUCUAAAAGUUAAAUUACAUUUCCUCUGACUCAAGAGGCUUAUUUCUAGGAAGGAGUCCUGUAGAAGUGACGAACGAUGUGCUCAAAAAAAGAAGUCAGGGCUGAGACGAUGCUCAUCGCAGUGUUAUCUGUAAAAGCAGGAAGAUGGAAACCACGUUUCCGGUAGUCAAGAUGGGGAACAGGAGAAAUGAAGGGCGCAACUGCCGUGUGACGAGAUACAACGAAGCCCUGGAAAUGAGGAUGGAUUUGCGGGCUCUGCGAGCAUGUGGAAGGGCCGCGGCCGCGUUCGCCUUGCCAGAGAAGGUUGGCUGAUGCUCCAGGGUGUGUCUGCAGGAGGCCUGCCACGUUGCCCAGAUCCCCACCUCGCUGCCAUGGGCUGCCCAGGCUGGCUGCCAGCCCGGUGUGCCGAAGGGGACAGACCUGGCCAGGAAGAGAGGCUUGUGGGCCCCGUGACAAAGGCAUUGCUUCUGACAACCCCUGCACGUGCCAGAUCCUGUCCUGGACCCCUGACGGCCACACCUUGUAGGGGGCACUGACCCAGUCCUUGGGGAGCUCACAGGUGUGUCACAGAGCGUGAAAAAGACCUGCCCAGACCUCGGUCCAUGGCCCACUGCUCCCGUUUUCCAGACCAGCCGGUUCCUGCUGGAGGCUCCGGGUGUCAUCCGGGGAGACCAUGUCCAGGCCCCAUGACUGCCUGCUGUGGCUGCUCCGGGGUGCCCCAAGCCAGCGGGGCUGCACCCUGUUCAUCAUCAGCUUCAAGUUCAUGUUUUUGGUUUCCGUCGUGAUCUACUGGCACAUCGUGGGGGAGCCCAAGGGCCAAGGACAGCUCUCUAACCUGCCUGUCGACAUUCCCUGCCCCCACUUGAUGCCUCCAACACCACCGUCCAGCGCCCCCUCUCCGGGCAACAUCUUCUUCCUGGAGACCUCAGACCGGACCAACCCCAACUUCCUGUUCAUGUGCUCAGUGGAGUCGGCGGCUAGGGCCCACCCUGAGUCGCGGGUGAUGGUCCUGAUGAAGGGGCUGCUGGGCAGCAACGCCUCGCUGCCCCGGCACCUGGGCCUGUCACUGAUGAGCUGCUUCCCCAACGUGCAGAUGCGCCCGCUGGACCUGGGGGAGCUGUUCCGGGACACGCCCCUGGCAGCCUGGUACGCGGCGGCGCGGCGGCGGUGGGAGCCCUACCUGCUGCCGGUGCUCUCCGAUGCCUCCAGGCUGGCGCUCAUGUGGAAGUUCGGCGGCAUCUACCUGGACACGGACUUCAUCGUCCUCAAGGACCUGAGGAACCUGAGCAACGCGCUGGGCAUCCAGUCCCGCUACGUCCUCAACGGGGCCUUCCUGGCCUUCAAGCGCCGCCACGCGUUCAUAGCGCUGUGCAUGCGUGACUUUGUGGCCCACUACAACGGCUGGAUCUGGGGCCACCAGGGCCCGCAGCUGCUCACACGCGUCUUCAAGAAGUGGUGCUCCAUCCGCAGCCUGAGCGAGAGCCACGCCUGUCACGGCGUCACCACCCUGCCCCCCGAGGCCUUCUACCCCAUCCCCUGGCAGAACUGGAAGAAGUACUUCGAGGAUGUCAGCCCUGACGAGCUGCCGCGGCUGUUCAACGCCACCUACGCCGUCCACGUGUGGAACAAGAAGAGCCAGGGCACGCGCUUCAAGGCCACGUCCAGAGCGCUGCUGGCCCAGCUCCAUGCCCGCUACUGCCCCACGACGCACGAGGCCAUGAAGAUGUACUUGUGAGGGGCCUGCCAGGUCAUCGCCCCAGCCCCGCAUCCUGAUGGAGAAGGACUCUUGGCCGUCUGCCCUGGGGAGGCAAGAUGGGAGGGCCCGGAAUCGGGGCUGGCGUGGGGGAGGGCAGGGAGCUGGCGGGGAGCUGGCGGCCCAAGAGGUUAAGUUAUUGGAGGAAACGCUAAAGGCCCUGGGAUUCGCUCUCUUCAAGUCAGGAGGAGGUAGGAGCGACACCACUUAGGCCAGUGCACUGCCUCAGGGUAGAGGUGACAAGUGGUGGGGGAAGCCCCCUCCCGCCCCGCCCUUCCCUGCCCCCCCCCUCCGCUAGAGUCAGCGGGAGUGAGCAGGGCGAGCAUCCUGGGUCUGCUGGGAGGUGGGAGCAUCCUCCAGGCAUGAUGGAAGAUGGCUAACUGGGACCAAGGUGCCCAUGGUGGGAGCAUGGGGAAGCCCAGGAAAGGGGAGAGGAGGCCGUCGGUGGGAGAGCUGCCUGUAAACUCAGCCUCGUGAGCCUGGGGCAGGGCUUCGCUCUUUUCUGGCUUUGAUUUCUCUUUCAGAGGGGCUGAGGCCGGUAGACCUGGCCUGGGGAGCAUUCCGGGAGAGGCCCCGUCUGUCCGCCGUAUCCUUUCUUCUUUGCAGAGAUGUUGCCCGGGUGACAUGUGCCAGCUGUUCACUCUAGGGGCUUGGGGACGUGGCGUUCUUUUCGCUCGGGGUAAAGCAUUUUAAAGGAAACCCUCUCUCCCUACCCUGCUCAUAAUAAACACAGGAAAAUAAUAAAUAUAACAAAGGUGACUCACUGA